CGGCCUUCACGCAUGCGCUCUGGCUCCGCCCCGCCGCCGCCUGGCAGCCGCAGACCCGCCGCCCGGCAGCAGCAUCCGCAGCAGCAGCGAAGGAACCAUGUGCGGUAUCUUUGCUUACCUGAAUUACCAUGUUCCCCGGACCAGACGGGAGAUCUUGGAGACCCUAAUCAAGGGGCUUCAGAGACUGGAGUAUCGAGGGUAUGACUCCGCAGGGGUGGGAAUCGAUGGCGGGAAUGACAAAGACUGGGAGGCCAACGCCGGCAAGAUCACGCUCAUUAAGAAGAAAGGAAAAGUGAAGGCUUUGGAUGAAGAAGUCAACAAACAGCAGGAUCUGGAUCUGGACAUUGAGUUUGAUGUGCACCUUGGAAUCGCUCACACACGCUGGGCCACCCAUGGCGAGCCUAGUCCGGUCAACAGCCACCCGCAGAGAUCAGACAAAAACAACGAAUUUAUUGUCAUCCACAAUGGAAUAAUCACAAAUUACAAAGACCUGAAAAAGUUCUUGGAGAGCAAGGGCUACGAAUUCGAAUCGGAAACUGAUACCGAAACCAUCGCAAAGCUUGUCAAGUACAUGUAUGACAACUGUGAAAGCGACGACAUAAGCUUCACCACCUUGGUGGAGAGGGUCAUCCAGCAGCUGGAGGGGGCCUUCGCUCUGGUCUUCAAAAGUGUUCAUUAUCCUGGCCAGGCGGUGGGCACAAGAAGGGGAAGUCCUCUGCUCAUCGGCGUUCGGAGUGAACACAAGCUUUCCACCGAUCACAUCCCAAUUUUGUACCGGACAGCCACACAAUCUGUAGAUCACUCAUUUGAUGGCCUGCCCAAAAAACUGGACAAAGGCAAAGACAAGAAGGGCACUUGCAGUCUAUCUCGCAUGGACAGCACCACCUGCCUCUUUCCCGUGGAAGAGAAAGCUGUGGAGUAUUACUUCGCCUCCGAUGCCAGUGCUGUGAUCGAACACACCAACAGGGUGAUUUUCCUGGAGGAUGACGACGUGGCAGCCGUAGUCGAGGGCCGCCUCUCCAUCCAUCGCAUCAAGAGAAAUGUUGGGGAUCACCCUGGCCGGGCGGUUCAAACCCUCCAGAUGGAGCUCCAACAGAUCAUGAAAGGUAACUUCAGUUCAUUCAUGCAAAAAGAAAUCUUUGAGCAGCCAGAAUCUGUCGUGAACACCAUGAGAGGAAGAGUCAACUUCGAUGACUACACAGUGAACCUUGGGGGUUUGAAAGACCACAUCAAGGAAAUCCAGCGGUGCCGCCGUCUGAUCCUCAUCGCUUGUGGGACGAGCUACCAUGCAGCCGUCGCUACUCGCCAAGUCCUCGAAGAACUGACCGAACUUCCCGUCAUGGUGGAGCUGGCCAGCGACUUCUUGGAUCGAAAUACUCCUGUCUUCCGAGAUGAUGUCUGCUUCUUCAUCAGCCAGUCAGGGGAGACGGCCGACACCCUGAUGGCCCUUCGGUACUGCAAGGAGAGGGGAGCCCUCACCGUGGGCAUCACCAACACCGUCGGGAGUUCCAUUUCACGGGAGACGGACUGUGGGGUGCAUAUCAACGCAGGCCCAGAGAUUGGGGUGGCCAGCACAAAGGCCUACACAAGCCAGUUUGUCUCCCUCAUCAUGUUUGCGCUCAUGAUGUGCGAUGACAGAAUUUCGAUGCAAGAACGGCGGAAAGAGAUUAUGCGAGGCCUCAAGUUGCUGCCAGGCCUGAUCAAAGAAGUGCUGAGCAUGGACGAUGAGAUCCAGAAAUUGGCCACCGAGCUCUACCACCAGAAGUCCGUCCUCAUUAUGGGCCGGGGAUAUCACUAUGCCACCUGCCUAGAAGGGGCCCUGAAAAUCAAGGAGAUCACCUACAUGCACUCGGAGGGCAUCUUGGCCGGUGAGCUGAAGCACGGGCCCCUCGCCCUGGUGGACAAGCUGAUGCCCGUCAUUAUGAUCAUCAUGAGGGACAACACCUAUGCCAAGUGCCAGAAUGCUCUGCAGCAGGUCAUGGCACGCCAGGGGCGGCCUGUUGUGAUUUGUGAUAAGGAAGAUAUCGAGACCAUCAAAAAUAACAAGCGAACCAUCAAAGUCCCCCAUUCGGUCGACUGUCUGCAGGGCAUCCUGAGCGUGAUUCCUUUACAGCUGCUGGCAUUCCAUUUGGCUGUUCUGCGAGGCUACGACGUUGACUUUCCAAGAAACCUGGCCAAAUCUGUGACGGUUGAAUGAGGGGCUCGCCCAAGGUUGACAAAAGAGAUCCCCUCCCCCCCAAUCUCCUCCUUCACUUUUGGUACCGAAAAACGCUGAUUUUAAAACCUUUCUCCCGUGAUCAAUUCUUACUUCCAUUAUAGAAAAAAAAUCUUUAUACUGUAAUUGUUGCAUUUGUGAUAGUUGAGGAGCUGAAUCCACGAAGCUCCUGAUAGCAUUGUCCAGUGGCAGCGAAGUCGAGAGUACUGGGGUUUUUUUCUCCCUUUAAAAAAAAACAACAACCAAAAUCUGUUUAUUGUAAAAUCCUCAUCAGUUAUAUAAAAUUGCAUUGUUUCCUAGUUAUCUCUAGGAUGUUGAGAGGGUGGAGCUCGUACAGGGAUAUGGAAAUGAAAUUGCAUACAACAGAGAAGGGCUCCAAUAUCAGCUGCCUUCUUUCCCAUAAGUGCUCUGUUGUCACCAUUGGGAGAAUCUGGGUGAACGUUUUUUUGGCUCCAAGGUUUCUGUUGGCGAGUGUAUUUCCACCCUCCUCACCUCCCAAUUAGUCCACAUGUGUGCAACCCCAGACAUCUGUUCUGUGAGCGUUCCCCUUUGCAGCCCACUCGUGGUGGGUGGAUCGUCUAUCCCUCCUCGGUUGCACAGGCCUGCAUUUUGGAAUUUGGCCUCACGCCUUCAGCCCUGCAAAAGGGGGUGGAAAUACCUCCCCCCCCCCGUCCGUAAACAGAGGUCUACAUAGCUGCUCCUUCCGAUGUGAAGGCCCUGUGCCAGGCCUUUAAUGGGAGUCCAGUCAAACGACUGCAGGUUGACUUAGCCUUGGCAUUUUUUUUUAAGUGAGGAGCUGAGAAAUCCCUUUUCUCCGAAGAAGGUAAAAGGUUUUUCAAGGAAUUUAUUUUUCAGUGCAUCGAAGAGAAAUGCUAGCCUUUGAAGUUGCAAUGAGAGGGGGACAAGAGGUAUGCCUUGAACCGGUGUGGCUGAAUGAGAAAUGGACUGGGCAGCUCUUGAGUCCUUCUCCCAUUUCCCUUCAUCUGGGAAGGCAUCUGGAGGUCUCCAGGGAAUCUCGAGAACCAGGAACGAACGAGGGAGUUGUGUCUUCCAUCUGGAUGUAUUUUCGGUCUACUCUGCAUAGCGUUCCUAUUCCUGAUAAAAAGAGGGAAAAACGCUGGCGGAUGUUGAAUUGGAGCCACUGUGAGAAAUGACUGGUGCAUUUUUGUAUUUCAAUCACCCCACCCACCAUCCCCCAGUGCUUCUCCAGUUUAUUAGAAAUGUGCAGAAUUCCCUUCAAUCCAAAUAGAUUUGCUUUGCACAAUCUUUUAUACCAGCCCAGUCCUCUGUACUUGGGGAUAUUAUGCUGAUAUUUCCGUGUUGGGCAGGAGAGCUAAAAGGAUGCUAAAAUGACCCCCAUGGGAAUAAUACAGAAGGGACCAAAGAGAAAUCGAUGCCUCCGGAAAGCAUCCUCUAGCUCUGAAAUCUAGAGAGGAUGCGAAUAUAAUAAAAAUCCAGAGUGGCCAAAAUAUUGCCGUCCUUCAACUUCCUUCUGAUUGAUUAAUGGGACAGACAUUGGCACUAAAAAAUGGCUUUCAUUGAUGUACCUCUAGAAUGGAGAAAAAGCAAAUUGCACAGAAACUCAACAGAAAUUUAAACUCUUGUCAGGAUAUAAUGGUAAGCUGAAUCUAGACCUGUUCUCAGCACCCUUUUAUUGGAUAAGAAAUAUCUUAAUAGAGUGACACAUCCAUUCUUAUUGUGCACGGGGGUGGGGAAAUGACCAGUAGUACCCAUUACUCGGAGGCUAAUUUAAGGACAGCUUCCUAAGUGUAUAGGAGUCUACAGCAUCUUCAUUCUAAAAGGAUGCUUUCCGCUCAUGAAUGAAAUGGUAGUUUGCAGCGAACACUGGAAUGUUCAGAAAUUUUAUUAUGAAAAGAAGUUUCUUGGCCAAUGUUGGUAUUUUUGUCAUGUCCAGAGGCUUGGUCCCCAUCCUUCUUGGGGGCUGCUAGAUUCCCAUCUGAGCUGUCCAUAACAGUCAAAAGCCUUAGGAUGGCUGCAGGAGACUCUUCACUCAGCUUGGUCUCCACUACUCUUAAGUCGGCCAAGGAAGCGCAUAGCAGGAAGAAUGCGCUGAACAGGGGAAAAAAUAGCCACGCCUAUUGUGGCCUAUUUCUCCAUUGGAAGCCACAUAGCAUACAAGGCCAGGAGGGAGGAGGCCAAGCUGUAAGGGAACGCGUUAGAGCAGAGGUCUCCAACCUUGGCAACUUGAAGACUUAUGGACUUCAAUUCCCAGAGUUCCUCAGCCAGCAAAAUUGCCAACCUUGGCAGUGUGAAAACUUGUGGACUUCAACUCUCAGAAUUCCUCAGACAGCUGGCUGAGGAAUUCUGGGAGUUGAAGUCCACAAGUCUUCACGUUGCCAAGGUUGGAUAUCCCUACCCUACUCUUCCUGCUUCAUUUUCUGCAGGAAGCUUCCCCGUGCUUCCAACACCCCAGGAAUCCGGUCACUCAAGUGGCAGGCGAGUGCGUUGUACGCACCUCCAUUUGUGAGGACGGCAGGCACUGCCUCGUGCACAUGAAGCACCAUUCGUGCAAGCGAUAGAUGUGAGCUUCACGCACACACACAAGGGCCCACCAUGCAGCUGUGCGCACAUCCACGCCUGGCACUCACUUGGAACCCAUUUCUCCCCACCCCAGCCAGUUUGCAAAGCUGGAAAGGUUGGGCACCACUCCUCUCCAGGGUGCUUGGCCUCAUGUCUUCUGCCUUGCGGAGUCAAUUCGGUCCUGGCUUGGGCUGUGUGUGUGUGUGUAUGUGUGAAAGUGAAACACCUGGGCGCACAUUCCUCCUCCUGAAUGUAGAUCUUUGGCUUGCCUUGGUUGAUGGGACCAUCGUUUGUUUUCUGUAGAACUUUUUAUCAUUUCAGUUGUUCUCUCAGUUUUGUUUUGUUUUUGUACUUUGCUCUUUGAAUAAAGACAAUUGCGUAAUCUUC